CAGAGCAGCUAGCAGGCUAACCUCAGCGGUGAGAAUCACCAGGAUCUGUUUCACCAAACAACACACUUCGACAGUCUCUUUGCGACUCUGAAUAUAACAUGGGGAAAGGCGGAGGUACAUUUGAGAGGCUGUUGGAUAAAGCCACCAGUCAACUGCUGCUGGAGACUGACUGGGAAUCCAUUUUGCAGAUCUGUGAUCUCAUUCGACAAGGAGACACACAAGCUAAAUAUGCCAUCGGGGCCAUUAAGAAGAAGUUAAAUGACAAAAAUCCCCAUGUUGCCCUCUAUGCACUUGAGGUGCUGGAGUCAGUAGUGAAGAACUGUGGACAGACGGUCCACGAUGAGGUGGCGAGUAAACAAACUAUGGAGGAACUGAAGGAUCUACUCAAGACGGAACCAAAUGUCAGAAACAAGAUCCUCUACCUGAUCCAAGCCUGGGCCCACGCCUUCCGUAAUGAGCCCAAAUACAAGGUGGUUCAAGACACUUAUCAGAUCAUGAAAGUGGAAGGUCAUGUGUUCCCUGAGUUCAAGGAGAGCGACGCAAUGUUUGCAGCUGAGAGAGCUCCAGACUGGGUUGAUGCUGAGGAGUGCCACCGGUGCAGAGUUCAGUUUGGGGUUAUGACAAGAAAGCACCAUUGUCGAGCCUGUGGCCAGAUUUUUUGUGGCAAGUGUUCGUCUAAGUACUCCACCAUUCCGAAGUUUGGCAUAGAGAAGGAAGUGCGUGUGUGUGAGCCCUGCUUUGAGCUGCUCAACAACCACCCCUCACUCUCCCCUCCACUUAGGAAAGCGGAGGGGAAAGCCCAGACCUCAGGUCCUGCCGAACUGCCCCCUGAGUACCUGACCAGCCCGCUGUCCCAACAGUCACAAGUAAUGGUUUCACAAACUGAAAUGCCCCCAAAGAGAGAUGAAGCAGCACUUCAGGAGGAAGAAGAGCUGCAGCUGGCCAUUGCCCUGUCCCAAAGUGAGGCUGAGGAAAAGGAGCGCAUGAGGCAGAAGAACUCGUACUCAAUGUACCCCAAAGCUGACCCCACCCCAGUUACCUCCUCAGCACCUCCAGUCAGCACCCUGUACACUUCCCCUGUGAAUUCCUCUGCUCCAUCAGCUGAAGAUAUAGACCCUGAGUUGGCCCGUUACCUGAACAGAACGUACUGGGAGAAGAAACAGGAGGAGGCUCGCAAGAGUCCCACCCCAUCAGCCCCUGCUCCUGUGCCAUUGGCUGAGCCCAUUCCAGUAAUCAGUCAGCCUGUCGAAACUAAUGUCCCUAUCCAACCAGUCAGCAUAGUGGAGCAGCCGUACCAGAAUGGGGAGUCAGAGGAAAACCAUGAGCAGUUUCUCAAGGCUCUGCAGAAUGCCGUCACCACCUUCCUUAACCGCAUGAAGAGCAACCACAUGCGUGGCCGCAGCAUCACCAAUGACAGUGCCGUGCUAUCACUCUUCCAGUCCAUCAAUAACAUGCACCCACAGCUUCUGGACAUCCUCAACCAGCUGGACGAGAAGCGAUUGUACUAUGAAGGGCUCCAGGACAAGUUGGCUCAAGUGCGCGAUGCUCGGGCGGCCCUCAACGCCCUACGGGACGAACACCGAGAGAAGCUUCGCCGUGCUGCAGAGGAAGCAGAGAGGCAAAGGCAGAUCCAGCUGGCACAGAAAUUGGAGAUCAUGAGGCAGAAGAAACAGGAGUACCUGGAGAUGCAAAGACAGCUGGCUAUUCAGCGCCUCCAGGAGCAGGAAAAGGAAAGGCAGAUGCGUCUGGAGCAGCAGAAGCACACAAUCCAGAUGAGAGCUCAAAUGCCUGCUUUCUCCCUGCCUUACGCCCAGAUGCAGUCUUUGCCCCCCAACGUAGCAGGAGGGGUGGUGUACCAGCCUGGUGCUCCACCCAGUUACCCAGGCACCUUCAGCCCUGCUGGUUCUGUGGAGGGUUCACCUAUGCACAACAUCUAUAUGAACCAGUCUGGGCAGACUGCACCACCACAGUACCAGGCAAUGCCCGGUCCUGCCACAGAUCCCAAUAUGGUCAAUGCAUACAUGUACCAGCCAGCAGGCACCAACGGGCAGCCUGCUCCUCCUCCCGGUCAGGCCCCUCCCACUACUAGUCCACCCUACUCCAACUACCAGCCCACACCUACACAGGGCUACCAGAAUAUGGCAUCUCAGGCCCAGAGUAUGCCGCCCAUGUCCCAGGCAGCCCCCACCAAUGGUAUGGGUUACAUGGGAUACCAGCCAUAUAGCAUGCAGAACAUGGUUUCAGCAUUGCCAGGACAGGACCCCAAUAUGCCCCCCCAACAGUCGUACAUGCCAGGCCAACAGCCCAUGUACCAGCAGGUGGCUACCCCUGGUGGCCCGCAGCAGCAGCAGCAGCAGACACAGCAGCAGGCCCCUCAGGCUGUGCCGGGCAGCGCGGAGGCACAGCUCAUCUCCUUCGACUAAGAGCUAAAAGCUGCAGGGUCUGAAACACUACACCCUCUCUCCUCCUUUGGUCUGUCCCCUCCCUCUCCGGACUCUGAGGAUGCCCUCUGGAAACAGUCACACCUACCUUCCACCUUGUUGUGAUGCUGUGGCAAUGUGAAAUAUCGUGAUGAUGUUGCAGAACUGCUCUCCUUGCCAGCCCGCUCUCUCCCCACUUAAAGUACGGGAAUGUGGGGGUGAAGCUGCAAGGAGGGGCACCAUAACCCAGACCCUUUCAUCCUCUACCUUCUUCUUUCCAGCUGAUAUGUAUGUAGUAUUCCUUAUUAAUUCAAUAACUGAAGCUCAGAAAUAGUCAGUGGUAUUAAAGUUCAAAACGAAUAAGAAAAUAUGAUAAUAAUUGAGGAGAAAAAAAAAAGACAAGACAUAACCAUCCAUUGUCAUAUUUUUCUAAAGCAAAAUUUGCAUGUUAAAAUUGUAAUUAUUUUCUGGAAUGGAAGUGAAUAAUUGCAUCCUGUCCGUACACAGUUGGCAAUGAUUGAAAGACAUCUGUAUGUGCUGUUAAUGAGAUUGUGGGUGUGUGGAUAAAGAGCGGGAUCACGGAAGAGAAAGCACAGUCGCAGGCUUGAAAUAAACGGCACUAACUCACGUCUCCAUCAGGUUCACAGCUUGACAUUCCAGUUGUAGUUUUUGGUUCUAUCCCUUUUUCAUGCACGCAGAUACCCGUGAACUAGGGUUGUUUUAUCUUGUUUUGGCAUUUAUUUGUUGUGCACUUGGAAUAUUGAGUGUCUUAAUGUAGUUUUAAGAUAAUGAAACAUGGCAGGGAUUGUACAUUGUGGGAGAAUUGUCAGAAAUUAACUGGAUGGUUGUUUAAUCCUUAUUAAAUAUACUUUUUUAGAUUAAAAAAUUGAAAUUACACAGCUACUGACCAUAAAAUAUGGAAAGCCACAAUCCAGCAAAUCUAAUAGCAUCUCUUUAUUAAAAUGACUUGUGUUGCAGAACGUAAAUUACCAUCAUAAGACAAGACAUACAGUAACCUAUAUUUAACUGCAAAUUGCCUCCAAGUGCAUUCAGUUGUAACUGUCAGAAACGAGGAGGUCUACAUAGUGACUACAGGUGGGCACUCCUUUCUAAAGUGUACUUCGCUCUCCACAAAUGCGGAAAUGCAGAGCGAACAUGAUGUGCAGCAUGUAUGUAUCACACACAUUAUCAGUGAUUUCUGUAACCUUUAAUUUUCUUCUUCUUUAUUCCAUCAUACUGAUCUGUUUGACUUUAAAGUAAUUUUAAAAUUAUAUUUAAUAAAUAUCUGGUUCUU